GGGGAGGCUAGAACUUGAGUAAAAACUUCAAGGUAGUGUAAUGUUUUGGUCCCGUUUUUGUGUUGAUAUUCAGAAUCAUGGACACAAAAAUCCUGCAAUAUACCCCAUUUACAUCCUUCGUGCACCCUUCCUUCUGGCAUAAACUUGCAGAAAAUAAGAUAAAUAUUGAUAGACUCUGUGAUUCUGCGAAAAACAUCUUUGGUUACUACUGCAAUCUCGAUGCAACUAAUUGUCUGGUGGAAGUUGAGUGUACAGCAUUUAAUAAAGUCUUUGUCUUGCCAAAAAACUGCUACUAUGCCCAUGGGAUUCUCUACAACAAGAAUACAAUUGAGGACUUCAAAGAAGUGGACAAAAACAAACUGCUACAGGAAGAAGGAAAUCGAAUUGGAAAGCUAAUUGAAAGUGGGAAAUGCUUAGAAGAUCCAAGUCUUCUGGUGAACUUCCUUGUUCUCUCAUAUGCUGAUCUAAAAAAGUAUAAAUUCUACUAUUGGUUUGCUUUUCCAACUCCAAUCGAUGCCAUUCUUCUCAUAAACAAACCUCCGGCUAAAGUCGGAGAGGUGUUUACUGUGGAGCAAAUUGAGGUGAUCAAGGAGAAGUAUUUAACCAUUGAGGAUGCACGAAAGCGAUCUUUCUUCAUCCUGGAAAACAUUGGACAUGGAUUUAAAAUUCAUGCACUGUCAGAUGUUAUCAGCGAAAGCGAUAGAGAGAACAAUUUUAAGGGCACUGAUCUCACCAAGAUCUACUUUGGAUUCUCCGAUCCCUCGGAAUACGUCAAUCCUGGAUGGCAGUUGAGGAUUUUCACUGCAUUUCUCUCGUAUUUGUGUCCAAAUCUCUGUGGAGGAGCCAUCAAUUUCAUUGCAAUUAAGCUCAAGCGUCAAUUGACCAUCGAUGAAUCCAUUGUGUAUGUGGCCAGAAUGCCAGAGAAAUCCAUUAAUUUUAGCGAUGAAGUCAAGUGGAUUGGCUGGGAGUUAAAUAGUGUAGGAAAGUAUCUCCCAAGAGUCGUGUCCAUGGCCGAUUCCAUGGAUCCCGAAAAACUGGCUGAGACUUCAGUUAAUCUCAAUCUAAAAUUGAUGCGUUGGCGAAUUGUGCCAGAGCUCAAUCUUGACGCAAUCGCUGAGACAAAGUGUCUGCUUUUGGGGGCAGGGACUUUGGGAUGUUCAGUGGCCAGGAAUCUGCUAUCCUGGGGUGUGAAUUGGGUGACUUUUGUGGAUUAUGGAAAUGUAUCUUAUUCCAAUCCUGUACGUCAAAAUCUCUUCAAGCACGAAGAUGCUCAAUUUUCCAGGCCAAAAGCCUCAACAGCAGCAAAGCGUCUCUUGGAAAUCUAUCCAGCUCUGACAACCAAAGGUAUUUCACUUCACAUUCCAAUGCCUGGUCAUCCAAUUGGGGAUUCCACCCGUGACCAAACCAUCAAGGAUAUUGAUACUCUUGAAAAAUUAAUUAUUGAGCAUGAUAUUGUCUAUCUUCUCACGGAUUCCCGAGAGAGUAGAUGGCUUCCAACAGUUCUGGCCAACUUCCAUGGCAAGAUCGUUAUAAAUGCAGCCUUGGGAUUUGACAGCUAUCUAGUGAUGAGACAUGGUACCAGGAAGAGCCCUCCAGAGCCAAUAGACUACCAAAAAUACGAGAGAAAAGGAUUGAAAUGCAUUCCUGGGAAUCAUCUCGGAUGUUACUUCUGCAAUGACGUCACAGCUCCAGGCAAUUCAAUGCGAGAUCGAACGUUGGAUCAGCAAUGUACAGUAACACGUCCAGCUGUUAGUAAUAUUGCCGGAUCACUUGCUGUGGAGCUGAUGACGACACUGCUUCAGCAUGAAUUACGAGAAUUUGCACCGGCGUACAUUGUAGCAUCUUCUGCCCAGAGAACUGAAGCAGAGGCACUUCCUGAAGGGAUUUUGGGUAUCUUGCCACAUUCAAUUCGAGGUGUUAUUUCGUCCUUUGAACAAAUCUUGCCAGCUACUGAGAAUUUUUCACAGUGUAUUGCAUGUUCUCAUAAAAUCCUUGAAGAGUAUUCAAAGAGGAAAGUUGAUUUCAUUCUCGAUGCACUCAAUACGUCGAAAUAUUUGGAGGAUUUAACUGGGAUUACUGAGAUGAUGAAGGAGAGCCAUGAGGAUAUUAUUGAAUGUGCAGACUCGGAUUUUGAACUUUCUGAUUGAAUGGAAAAUCUAUAUAAUUAUUUUUUUUUGCAAUUUGAGCUCAAAAGCUAAAAGUGUUCGUUAGUAGAUUUUUAUAUUUGAAAUAAAUGCCCAAAAAUUUGGUGAUUUUUUUGAGAGAAA